AAUAUUAGAAUCCCGCCCUCUUCCUCGGGUCAGUUAGACCACUUCAAGAACUCGUACUCCGAGCUUUCAGUCUCGUAGAAUCCAUGGAAGAAGAAGAAUCUCACAGAGUUGUUCCAUUUCAGCUGCAAUUUGACAAGCCUAUAGCCUCUCAGGUUAAAAUAGCUGAAUGGAACCCAGAGAAGGAUUUACUUGCCAUGGUCACGGAGGACUCAAAGCUUCUUCUCCAUCGCUUCAAUUGGCAGAGGCUUUGGACCAUUUCCCCAGGGAAAUGCAUAUCAUCCAUAUGUUGGCGUCCAGAUGGUAAGUCAAUAGCAGUUGCGCUUGAAGAUGGGACCAUCUCAUUGCACGAUGUAGAAAACGGGAAGCUGCUGAGAAGUAUGAAGUUUCAUACUGUUUCUGUUAUAUGCCUCAACUGGGUGGAAGAUGGACGAAAGAUUGUGAAUGGAAAUGGUACCGUAGUUAAUUAUGAAGACCGCACUGCUCGUUUCUUUCCUCCUGCUCCAAGAAUUCCUCGUAUGCCUGGACUUGUGCCAGGAGAUAGUGGCUUCAUGGAUGAAAGUGAUGAUUCAUUCAGGGAACUGUUAGAUUCUUCUGGUCAGCAAUUUAACAUCUUAUGUAGUGGGGAUGAAGGUGGAACAAUCUGCUUCAGUAUAUUUGGCAUAUUUCCUAUAGGAAAAAUUAACAUACACAAUCUCGUGGUUCGAAAUCCACUUGUUGGCAACUACAUUACCUAUCAACUUAUAAAUGCUUCUAUCUGUAAGGUGGCAUUGUCAAAUGAUCUUUUUCAUUUAGUAGUCUUAUGCUGUGGGCUAGUUGCUGAAACUGAAAUUGAAUCAAGUGACGAUCAAAUGUCUGGUUUCCACUGUUUAGUUCUUGACACUACAAUUUUUUCAAAAAGGAAAAAUGAGCUUCACCAGGUGGCUCAGCAGGCUUCCAAUGUAGAGAAUUUAAUUGAAGUAGUUAAGACGUCGCUUUCUGUCAUGUCUAAGCAGUGGUCUGAUGCCAUCCAUAUGUUCCACGAGAAAUUUAAUUCUCUAACCUCCCUUAUUAUGCAUCAUGGACUUGACUCCACUUCUCAAGAAGAGUUUCUAAGCCUGUUAGGUGGUGCAAGGACAAGUCCGGCACUUCACCAAUUUUUGGUUAAUUCUCUAGGUGAAGCGGGUAUCAAGAGGAUGGCUAAGAUAUUUUCUUGUUUCCAGCCUGCUGCAGAAAUUAUUGGAUUUCGAAUGGGAGAAUUGAGAGGGCUUUCAAAAUGGCGAGCACGAUAUCUAGGUAUUGGUCUGGAUGAGAAAUUGAUUGACAGUGCAACCGAGAAGGCUGGAAUGUUGCUCGUACAGGUUGAACGAUUUAUGAGAAUCUUGUCUUCUGUGGUGCAACAGUUUUCAAAUUUUUUCAGUUGGCUCCUGAAAUCUGUGAAAAUGCUAAUGUCCGAACCAAGUGAUCAGCUUCUGCCCUUCAAUAGUGAACUUGUUAUCAUAUUCUUGAAGUUUCUAUAUGAUCAAGAUCCUGUGGGUCAGCUUCUGGAUUCCACAGAGAUUGAUCAUAAUAUUGAAGUUGACAUGGAAACACAGCAGCGGAUCCGAGAAUUGGCUCAUUUUGGGGGAUUCUUAGAUUCUGAAUACUUGAAGAGGUCCUUAAUGAAAGAAUUUCAACAAAUGGAGUCUUGUUUUAAACAGGCUUUGGAGGUGCCCAUUGCUACCAUUUCCAAAAAGAUAAUUUGUGCGGAUUUGUUGCCCCUUUUUCCUGUUGCAUCUUCUUCUAAUUUUCCUGUGUCAAUGUCAUAUUACGAGGAAGCUUCACAAACCAUUAUGAAUCAUGGAACGGGCCAUCAGAGGCUUACUAAUUACACAUGUUUUAAAGUACCAGAUGAAACUUUCUCAAAUAUUGCAAAUUGUGUUGGCAUAGCACGGCAUUUCGUAGAUGAUUCUUGCAAUUUAGGAAAUGGGCAUACUUCAUUUGAAGCUGUGCUAUUACGUCUCCCAGAUGGUUAUCAAUGUGCGGAUCUGUCUCUGUAUAAAGAAGGACAAAUUGUAUUCUUAUUAAAUGAAGUAGAUACCAGCAGUGAGAACUCCGAAAAUGCUUGUAUGAUCAUUGUACAAGCAGCUGACCUUCCAUUUGUAUCUAUUUCAAGAUCCGCUGUUCUGAAAUCUUGGGGGCUUCAUGAACUUCAGGAUCGCGUCGUGCAAUUGCAAUUGGAAAAUGAAAAGGUCCGAGGAAUUUCUCACUUUGUGGUAGCUCCAUUGGCAGUUAGUGCAUCAAGAGGUGUGGCGUGCGUCUUUGCUGCAAGAAAACGUGCCUUGGUAUACAUACUGGAAGAAGAUGAAGAUGAAGUCUCGGAUUCUGAAUAAUAUAUUACAUUUUUUUUUUCAUGUAAUAUUAUGUGUUGUGUUAUGCACCUAAUGGAUCAGAUGUCGAGCAAAAAAGCUUAGAAAUGUAUGCAUAUCCCUUGUCCUGUUCACAUAUAGAUAUAAAUGAUGAAUAGAUCAAAGUAUUUAUGCCAUAAAGCUCUUUAUAUUCUAA